AUGGCGCAAAUUCGCGAGAAUCUCAGUCUACACUUCAACCCACUGGAGAGAACUGGAUACAAGAUACAAAGAAUUCGGAGAACUUUUGAGAUGUAUUCGCCAAUGAGGCGCGGCGCCUGCCAGUUUCCCCGAGGGGGAACGACCUCCCCAGAGGGGCAGGGUGGGGAGGGCGUCGGGGAGCCGCUGCACGCGUUGCUGCAGGGCCGCGGUCUCUGCACCAACGCCAGCGCCGCCGGCAGUCUGCGCGCCUACCUGCUGACCGCGCCGCCCGCGCCAGGAAAUACCAGCGAAUCAGAAGAGGACCAUGGCAUCAGUAGUGUGGAGAACGGAGCCCUGCCCAGCACACACCGAGUGACUGACCCUAAAUUCCACCCCCACACCAAGAUGGACAUCAUCAAGAAAGGGCACGCCAAGGACAGCCAGCGCUACAAAGUUGACUAUGAGUCCCAGAGCACCGACACCCAGAACUUCUCCUCCGAGUCCAAGCGGGAGACAGAAUACGGUCCCUGCCGCAGGGAGAUGGAGGACACAUUGAAUCACCUGAAGUUUCUCAACGUUCUGAGUCCCCGAGGCAUCCAUAUCCCAAACUGUGACAAGAAGGGCUUUUACAAGAAGAAGCAGUGCCGCCCUUCUAAAGGUCGGAAACGUGGCUUCUGCUGGUGCGUCGACAAGUAUGGGCAGCCUCUCCCAGGCUAUGACAGCAAGGGGAAGGAAGAGGUGGCCUGCUACAGCCUUCAGAGCAAGUAGACGCCGCUGCACAUUCAUGUGGAGCUCAAACUCGCCUUAUUUUGCACAAAAGACAGCCGAGGACAUGGUCAGCAGUUGGCUCCAGCCUCAGUUUCCAUUUCUGUUUGUGGUGGCCUGAUUGUUUUUCAAACCAAAGUUUAGAAAGAGAUGUUCAAAAUGCCUGCAUUUCCUUUCACUGCAAACUGGAGCAUCUUCCUGCCAUCCAGGAAUCAGGGAAAGCAGUUCGAAUCUUUUCAUCGCAUCCUGUGACAACCCUGUCAAUGCAGCACAGCAUGGGGACCUGCCUUCACACGGGGCCCUCAGUGCCUUUGUGUUGGCAAUAGCGAGUAGCUGCCCCUCUGGCUCCGUGACUUCAGUGCCGUGUUGCUUUGUAGAGUUCACACUUCAUCCCCUCUCUGUGUACAACGAGCACAGCCUUGUGGAGAACAAGAACCCCCAAACCCCAGUUGUCCAGACACCUGGCUGCCUCCUCCUGGAGCUCACAACCUUUGGAUUGUGCCAUUUUCAAAGCCAGUGCCCAGGCUUCUUGACCAAGAAGACCAUUCAUAUCUUCAAGUGACCUGUCCUGCGGGGGACUAUUAAAGAGAAUAAGGUGGAGUCUUGUUAAAAAAAAAAAAAAAAUGUGACAGAGAAUGUUUUAGGGCACUCUGGGAACCUAUAAAGGAAGGUAUUUCUGAUCCUUUUUUGUCAGGCAUCUUUCUAAAGAUGUGGCCUGGUUGAAGGCCUGGGUGACUUUUGCUGUGGCUCCACAGAGGAGGGACAGGGGAACUGGGAGUUGGCCUCCAUGUCCAGAGGCAUUACAAAUAACAGCACGAGUCCUUGCAUGACAGCAGAAAAUAGUGUUUUCUAGUUCAGUGACUCCAGGCAAGCCUGAUUUUUUGAGGAUAAGCUCUUUAAAGGCAGAGGUUAUUUUUAUCUCACUGUGUCCUCGUAAAACUGUCUACAAAGGAGAGAUAAGUGGUUUGUUGAAGACAUUGAGGAUGCAGUCACCCAAGGUUGUUGAACUUGGACUCGUUCUCAUACUUUUCUUAUACUUAGCACAUAUAUGCAGAGAGGAUAUGUUCUUAACUGUUGACAUUAUAUACGACAUAGCCCAAAUAUAAUAGAAUCUAUACUAGAUAAUCCUAGACGAAGUGUUAGAGAUGCUAGAUGACAUGGCUGCAGCCACGACGGAGAAAAGGAGCUCAUGCCCAGAGACUGGGCUGCUCUCCUGGGGGCCAAACCCGAGGAGUCUGGCCACUCUGGGGAGAAGGAGACCCUGCCACAGCCCUCAGCGUGGAUGCACCCUGCAGAAAGUCUCCUGGAGAACACAGAGGGGUCUUAAGACAUUCUACCUACCUAUCAGCUUUCCUUUAUU